CGGAGGUUUCGGAGUUCGCGUGCAAAUGUCAAGCGAUAGUCGGGAAAAUAUGUGAUAAAAAUCGUUUUGAAUAACGAAAGCCUGAGUGGUUGUUCAUUGGGAGAUUGGCUAUCAAUAAUCGAACAGACAGAUCAUGGAGGGCGAUCAGGCAAAGAAGGCCGAUGAAAAUUCUAAGACGGAGCCUAAAGAAUCUCUAGGACUAACAACAUCAGCUGCUCUCGAAAUUUUGCAACGUGAUAUUAAACGGGUAUUAGAUGAAUACGAAGAAGAAUGCCGAAAAAACAAGAAAAAUAGAGCUUGGCUGAAAGACGCUCUACAUCAUCGAAGUCAGUACACAACUCUUUGUUGGACAUCGGCCGCUGCUCUUCUCAUUAACGCAAUUAGUCUCAUAGCUAUAUUUUUUACCGUUAAUGAAUCACCCAGUUAUUCAACUUUGUUAUAUGAAGGACUAAUAAUCUGCUGUCUCGUCAUCUUCAAUUUCAUUUUAGUAGCCUCUGAUAACAAAUUACGUCAUAAAGAGAUUCCGCACAGAGUUCGAAUUCUUUUGGAGACACUCGAAGCUGCUAGCUACCUCUGCCACUGGGAACCGGAAAACUACCCCCAUUUGUGCAGUCCUCUUUCACCUUGUAUCACUUUACAGUGGACCUAUCGUGAAGGUCAUAUAGUCAAUUUACCCUGGGCUCUACUUGUCUCUGGGGAUAUAAUCGUAAUUAAACCAGGACAACAAAUUCCUGGAUAUUGCAUACCAUACGAUGAUCCCGAAGCACCGGUUUUGCACGCAAAGGAAGUUUACAGUCCCCUAGUUCAUGGAAAGAACGAAGUUUUCUCGACACCACAAGCGCGAACUCCUCUGAAGAACAAAAUUUACGAACUCAAAGAAACUCCCUACUUGACAAAUCUCCGAAUGGCUCUCGAACAAGCCCUGAAUCGACCAGUAACUUAUCAUAAUCGAGAGCGGCAUCUCGUCAUGAUUUGUUGUAUAGAACAACUUGUUUAUCCAAUUCUCUUAAUCGUCGUCCUGAUAGUUAAUUUAAUUCGUUAUCUCUACCUAUCUGAGUUGGUUGGUAUCGGUACCUGGUACGACAUGUUUUUACUUCAACCGAUUGCAGUCACUCUUCCUCUUUUGCCAAUCAGCUUCCCCGCCUGCUGGAUUUUCCUAAAUUGUUUCGGAAUGGCGAGGUUCAAAGCCUUGUUCAAACUCUAUCAGUCCUCGAAAAAAACUCAGUUUGUAGAUCCGUUCGAGGAUGCAGAUAUUUCUGGACCGACUCACCCCGACGUGGUUUAUAACUGGUCCGAACUGAAGGAAUAUUUUCUGGACAUUCUUUUUGGAAGAGAGCACAUGAUGUCGAGAUCGGCUAAUAUUCUUCAUGUCCUCGGUUCAGUCACGGCUCUCUGCUGUAUCGACAAAAAGGGAAUACUUUCCUGGCCAAAUCCAACUGCAGAGAAAGUUUUCUUUCUGCGAAAUGCAAACACAGUGUCAAGAACCUCGAGUAACGCAAGUCUCGAUAAAAGCGCUGAGAAUUCUCACCAAGGCGACACAGGAAAAAAGCACGAAACAAACAAAUCUUCUUUCGGUCAGAACGAUACGUCACAUACGGUGUCUGAAGUUCUGGAUUUGACCCACGAUCACGCUUUGCCUUUUCGCUUGCAAUUCGAUGAUCACGCUUGGAGACAGUAUUUAAAUUCGUUGAAACCUCUGGGAUUGGCGAUUCUUCUAAAUACUUGCAACAUGGAGACCCAGGAACAUUAUACAAAAUUCUGUUCUCACGUGACUUGUGAGGCACUUCACAACGAGAACCUCGUCCCCGUGACUAACAGACGCUACCAGCAGCACAGCUUUGAAGAUAAAAGUGGGUAUGACGCAAAAAGUACAAUGCAAAGUUCGAGACAAGUCUAUUUAGCCGAUGAUUCAGGAUGCCUCGGACAGAUGUGGUGUCUCUGCGAAUUGGCAAAGCAAAUCGGUUUCCAAGACCAGGCGCAGGAAAUUUUUCAACUGGAACAGCAGUUGUCAACUUUUAGACACGUUCAACCGGAAAUGGUCCGGCGGGAUAUUAAAUUCGCUAGGUCUUUGAGCAUCGCUUCAAAAUUGAAGUUUCCGUUUCCACAUAUGGUGGCUGUCGUAGUGAAAGAAAGAAAUGGGGGUGGAUAUCAAUUAUUAACUCAAGGAACUGCAGAUAUCAUUCUCGAUUCCUGCAUAGAAUUUUGGGAUGGACACGAUUUGUGUCCUCUAUCUGCCUCAGACAGGAAGAAAGUCCAGGAUUUUUAUCAACGAACUAGUUUGACUUCUUACUGCAGUGCAUUUGCGUACAGACCUUUAUCAAGAUACGUGAAUGGAAAAUUGUCGAAUAUUUAUUUGGAAUUGCCGUCGGAUAGCAAACAUUUGUAUGCGCCAUACAGAAGUCCGACGCCUCUGAUGUGGGAUUUAAAAAAUUGUUUUGAUCCGAGAGUGAAAGGGUUUCUUGGACAGUUUCAUUCAACGGAUUCUUUGCUCUGUCAUGAAAAUAAAGAUGAGGAAAUAAGCGACGUGGAAAGCUGCUUCGAACUUCAAUGUAAUCAAGUUUUUGUCGGAAUGGUUACAAUGCAGUAUCAGGCUCAAACUGACAUGGUGCAGUUAAUCGAGCAACUAGAAAGAGCUUGCAUACGGUUCGUGCAUUUUAGUAAAGAAAACGAACUACGUUCUCGAGUCUUCUCGGAGAAAAUGGGUCUAGAAAGUGGUUGGAAUUGUCACAUUUCUCUUCUCAGCGAAAGAACGAGGUCGGAGAGUCCGGUAGGACGGUGGGUGAGCCAGGCGGCUGCCAUGUCCUCACCCACUCCUUCAGCUAAAUCUCACCAGCAUAAUCACGCCUGCAUGGACGAGGCCAGCCACUUGCUUAAUCGUGUCACGCCUCGCACGAAUUUGGAUAGUAGUAGAAUCUUAAGCAUGUCAGCUCCGAGUGCAAUAAACACCGACUUUUCCACUGUUAGAUUCGAUGAGGACACGACUGAGUGGAAUAACGUCGGGACAAACCAGCCAAAAAGUGCAAUGAGUCACAGGGAACAAGACACGGUAAGAAGUGAAGAUAGUGUACUGGUUCAGAGCGUGGAUUUAGGAUCUGGACAAGAAGCUUGGAGAUCUCUGAGCUGUUUAACUGAUAGUACAGAACAAAGUGCUCCAGUGAAUUUCGAUUUAUCCAAUCGAGCUAAACUGCCACGAGGAAUAGACAAAAUUCGUCCUCACAUUGAAAUGAUAGACAACGUUCCCCUUUUAGUUUCCUUAUUUACGGACUGCAACAUCGCUGUUACUCGAGAAAUGUUACACAUUAUGCAAGACUACGGCGAAGUAGUUUGUGUUCUGGGCUCUUCUGCAAAUGCUGAAAAUAUGCCGAUCUUCAUGCAAGCCGAUGCUGCGGUUGCCGUUGAGCCCUUGUAUCCACAAGUAUGCCAAAGAGUGCCUGUUCUGAUAUCUACGAAAGAGGAGCAAGGACCCUCGCCAAUUGAUCUCAGUAGGAGUUUAAAUUCCGUCGCAUGUUCUCUCAGCGUAAGGAGAGAAGACCCAAUAGCAAUAUUUCAUCUUGUGAUGGAGGCUCGACAUUAUAUGAAGUGCCUAUGGAACUGCGUGCAAUUCUGGUUGGGUUGUGUCGUGACUCUUUCAGCUGCCCAAGCAUUUUCUGGAUUUCUAUUAUUGCCACCAUUAUUUUCAGUCGGACAGGUUCUCUGGUUGACUUGUCUGAUUAUUCCAUUACUUUCGAUUUCGAUGGUAGCCACCCCGACGGAUUCGACAAUAAUGCAGCGAGCCACAGGAAAAAAUCAGUGCGUGAUAAAUAGACAGGUUACAUUGUUCGUCCUCUGGUGCUACGGCAGCAAAUUUCUUCCAACAGUCAUGGCAAUAGUUUUCUCUCAAUGUGCUUCCCUAAUGACAUUAUGUUCAACAUACAUUACAGAAAAUUCUAAAUGUUAUUACGCAUACCCAAAAAUAAAUGGCGAUGAAUCUUGGGGUGGUUGGAACAAGUCAAAGUCAAAUGAUGUAAUUCUUGUCGUGCAACAUUUUGCCCUCUCAAUUAUAGUGAUACAUUUCGUGACGAUAUCCGUGAGUUUUGUUCAUCGAGAAUAUCCUAUUUGGAGGAAGCAACCUUUCAACAACUGGCUGUGGUUUCUGUGUGUAUUUAUUGUUUUAUGUGCUCAGGCUGGAUUCUCUGGCAUGAUAUUUUUCGAUUUUUGGGAAAGCGAAAGCCAAAGAAAGGAUAAUUUUCCGAUGUAUGUGCCACUCGCAUUUCUUGUUUCUGUGCCAUUAAUAUUUCUCAUCAACGAAUUUGCCAAGUGGCAAGAAAUCAAAGUAAACGUAAGGUAUCAGAAAAGAGCUCGUUUGGAAUUCGGAACCAAACUCGGAAUGAAUUCACCUUUCUGAUUUCGCUCUACACUUUGUACAAAAAAAGGCGGAGAUGAGUAUUUCGAAUUCGAUGUGAAAUUUGACAAUUUUGUUCGUGCUUGAAAUGGACUUCUUGAUCAUUUUGUAAAAAAGAGAGAUUACGUUUCGUGAAAUUUUUGUAAACAAAUCCUGUAUUGAAGUAAUCCAUCCCUAAUUUUAUUAUUACGUUUACAAUUUCAAAACGAUCAAGAGGUUCGAAAUUUCUGAGCCAUAAUUACAGAUUAAGUCCGAUAAUAUUUCUGCAAAAACGCACAGUUACUGACAUAAGAAAUAUCUAUUCUUUAAUAUUUAUUUAUUUACAGACUAGCUUUUAUUUAUUUACAUUUUUACGGGAAGACUCGAUAACGCAUUUUCAUAACAAAAAGUGUGAAAUUCUAUCUACAUGACUCGCGAACAAAAAAGUUUCAAUUAUUUAAGGCGUUUACUGUAAAAGAAAGGUAUUUAUAUUUUUGUACAAUAAAAUGUUACC